AUGUUCUCUACUAAACUCGCAGUUCUUCUCUUAGUUGUCGGUAUCGUCAUGGCUGCACCACAAGGUGAACAGGGAGGUCAACAAGGAGGUCAGCAAAGUGGUCAACAGAGCGGACAACAGGGAGGACAAAUGGGGGGACAGCAAGGAGGACAAGGUGGAUUCGGAGGAUCUACGGGAACCAGUGGAAUGCAAGGAGGACGGGGAGGACAGAGCGGAUCAGGAGGAUUCGAAGGAAACGGAGGAUCAGGCUCUGAAGGACAACAAGGUGGACAGAUGCGAGGUCAACAAGGACAGCAAGGAGGACAAGGAGGAUUCGGUGGACAACAACAGAGCAACUAA